UUAUUUUAACUUCUUUCGGUCUCAGGAACAGACGCGCUGGGAAGUAUAUUCCUCCCCAAAUAUUCUUUUAGCAAUGUCGCUCUGUACCAAAAUAGCAACUUCUGGUGACAUUCCUGCCGAAUUGGCGGAAGACAACAUAUCUAUCGCGAGUAUGCAAAUACGCUGGAACAAGUGACGCUGAUGAUUAGAUAUGUUUUUGCUAUUAAUAAUUCACUGGUGCAUUGUUUCAUUUGUGGUCAGUUCGGUUGAUGAGGAUGCUUUUAAAGUGGGUGUCCUCAUGGUGGACGGGUCUGCCUGGAACAGAUUCGACAUUCAAAGAAUUGGCCCUGCCAUUGACAUUGCUGCUGAAAAGUGCUUGAGGGAUUAUAAUGUUGUUUUGAAUCUUCUUUCUGGUUACUAUCCAAAAGAAUGUUCUGCAGAAUUAGCCAUCGGCAAAGCUACGGACUUGGUGAUGGCUGAAAAUGUGUCAGUUUAUAUUGGACCAGCAUGUAGCGAUGACUUACAAGUAGUUGGAAGAUAUGCCUCCUAUAAAAAUAUUCCGAUUUUGACUGGUCUUGGUGAUGUUCUAAAGGAACGGAAUGAAUUUAGGACGUUGAUAAGAAUGAGUUACGAUCUGGAAGACAAAGCGCGUGCUAUUCUGGCGUUUUUGGACCAUUUUAACUGGAAGCAGUUUGGAAUGAUUUAUCGCCAGAAUGAUGUAUAUUACACGACUAUGUCAGAAUUGUUAUAUUAUAUGGCCAGCACAAAUGGUUUUAUUGUCACCUGUCAACAGUCGUAUGUCCGUGCUGCCAACAAAACUGUUUUAUCUGAUUUAGAAGCAAUCAUGAAAAUUAUGAAGGACUGCUCCCGAGUUAUUGUAAUUCUUGGAGGAGAUAAAGAUGUGAGAGAAAUGAUGCUGAUUGCCAAACAAUUGAAUAUGACGUCAUGGGGAGAAUACGCGUUCAUUUACACCGAGUUAUUUCAGAAUGAAGCCAAGGGAAAUCAAUCUUGGGCCAAAGGAACAGAAGAUCUUGAUGUAAAGCUAGAAAUAAAAGAAGCGUAUGAAGCUCUGUUCAUAGUGAGUCUUAACCAACCUUUUUCUGAAGAGUACAAGAAAUUUUCAGAAAAUGUGAAAAAAAUAGCUAAAACGAAGUAUAAUUUUACAUACGUUGAAAACAUGGUUAACUACUUCACUGCAAGUUUUCACGAUGCAGUUUUGAUGUUAUGCGAUGUCAUAAAGGAAACAAAAACUAUGGGUGAAACUCCUUUCGACGGAACGAUCAUUAUUUCAAAAUUUAAGAAUAGGACAUUCAACGGUAUGUCUGGAGUUGUGACCAUUAAUUCAGAAGGUGACCGGAUUGCAGAUUAUGCUCUUUUGGAUCAGAUAGAUACAACAACUGGAAGUUUUGAGGUUGUGCUUACUUAUUUUGGAGCUACUAAAGAAUACAAAGAAGUAAGCAGUAUUCAUUGGCCAGGAGGAAGAAUACCAAAAGACAAACCAAGAUGUGGGUUUGAUGGAAAAGAUCCAGCCUGUUACAAGAGAGGUUUAAAAUUGCUGGAAAUGUCACUCAUAAUUACUCUUUUUCUAUUAAUUGUGAUUAUAAUAAUUGGAGUUUUAACAUACAGAAAAAUUCGCCUAGAAUCUAAAUUGGCAAACAUGUCUUGGCGUGUAAGGUGGGAUGAAAUAACAUUCUUGAAGGACAUGCGAAGUAGCUGCAUGAUGAGUCGUCUAUCAAUUUCAAGUGCUAUGUCGUCAAAGAUGGAACAUGGAUGGGUUUGCUGGGAACCAUCUUAUCCUAAUAGUAUAUAUUUGGAUCCAUGCUCAAAAGAAGCCGAAAAUCAUCGUUUUAUUUUAACAGGUAAUUACAAGGGUAAUACAGUUGCUGUGAAAAAAGUCUAUAAACAAAAGAAGAUUGAGCUGACAAGAUCGAUUCUGAUUGAAAUGAAAAAGAUUCGAGAAGCUCAACAUCAAAAUGUGGCCGCUUUUAUUGGAGCAUGUAUCGAUUCACCAAAUGUCGCAAUUCUAACAGAAUACUGCCCUAAAGGAAGUUUACAAGAUGUAUUGAAGAAUGAAUCACUUGAUCUAGAUUGGAUGUUCCGUUACUCACUAAUUAAUGAUGUUGUAAAAGGUUUGAAUUAUCUGCAUAGCGGAGAAAUGGGAACUCAUGGAAGGUUAAGAUCAUCAAAUUGUCUCGUGGAUAGUCAUUUUGUCGUCAAGCUCACUGAUUUCGGACUCCCCUCCUUUAGACACGCCGAGUCUAUAGCUCAUUGUGAAGAUAAAAAUUUAAAAAAAUUUCUAUGGAAAUCACCGGAGCUUCUAAGGCUACCUGUGUGUCCACCCGAGGGAACAACCAAAGGUGAUAUCUACAGUCUUGGAAUUAUAUUGCAAGAGAUCAGUUUGCGUGAAGAGCCAUUCUAUCCUUUCCGAAGCUCGAUGACCGUAGCUGAAAUUCUUGCUAGGAUCCGAGUAUGUGAAAGUCCGCCUUUUCGCCCUGUUGUACCAAAAGAGACCUGCUCAGCUGCUUUAAUAAUGCUUAUGAAAAGAUGUUGGAGCGAAGAUGCAGAUGACAGACCUGAUAUUAGCCAAGUCAAGGCUGAAAUGCGAAUUUUAAACAGGGGUCAAAAUGGUGAAGUGAACAUCAUGGACAAUCUUUUGUCGAGAAUGGAACAAUAUGCUCACAAUUUAGAGUCACUCGUUGAACAGAGGACAGCAGCAUUCAUGGAGGAAAAGAAGAAAUCCGAAGAACUACUUUACCAGGUUUUGCCGAGAUCAGUUGCAGAGCAGUUGAAACGAGGCAAAUCUGUUGAGCCAGAAUAUUUCGAAAAUGUGACAGUUUUCUUCAGCGAUGUGGUCGGAUUUACAGAAAUGUGUUCAUCAAGCACUCCCAUUCAGGUUGUAGAUUUUUUGAAUGACUUAUACACAUGCUUUGAUGCCAUUAUCAACGAUUUCGAAGUAUAUAAAGUGGAGACAAUUGGAGAUGCUUACAUGGUUGUCUCAGGACUUCCAGAUAGAAAUGGUCUGAGACACGCCAAAGAAAUUGCACGAAUGUCAUUGGCUCUCUUGAACGCUGUCACUUCUUUCACAAUAAGGCAUAGACCAGACGAUACAGUGAAACUUAGAAUCGGUAUACAUUCGGGCCCUUGUUGCGCAGGCGUGGUGGGUCAGAAAAUGCCGAGGUAUUGUUUGUUUGGUGAUACUAUCAACACUGCCUCUAGGAUGGAGUCAACUGGAGAGCCACUAAAAAUACAUGUGAGUCCAGAUACAAAGGUGGCUUUAGAUUAUUUUGGAAAUUUCAAGUUGAUUUCGAGAGAGGAAAUCGAAGUUAAGGGAAAAGGUAAAAUGAAAACAUAUUGGUUGCUCUCAGAAAUAGAAAGUAUGAGAGUUUCUGCAUCUCCAGCUGUUCAGAAAAGAGAAAAAGAUACCGUAAGAAGAAAACGAUAAUAUCGCAUGUAAAUACAUAAGAAUACCCGAAGUGUAAAAAAAAAUACUUUGUAAAAGUAGAAUGACCUCAUGAUUUGUAAAAAUUGUUUAAAUUCAGAAAAUAAAAAAAAAUAAAAAAAA